CACAAGGCUUUGCAGCAGCGAGUUAGCUCGGUUUGUUCCUGCCUGGAGCUAAAAGCUCACACAUUCUUUUUCGGACUGAUCUUCUGUGGCUGGUACAGAAGACCCUCUGCUGUGAUUCCAACUUGGCAUCACUUAUCAAGGAUGCACGCCUUCUAUGCUGCCAAAGUAUAUGCACUGUCACCAUGCAGCUGAGAGAAGAACAACAUUUGUCUCAUUGCAAUUCCUGGAGCUGCUAGGGCAUGCUUGAGGCUGGAUUUUAAAAAGCUGCUUUUCUGAGCCAAUUUGCUCUCUAUCUUACUUCCACUGUUGCAGCCUAGUAUGUAAACUGUCCCAGAGACAAACUGACAAAAAGGGGACUCUGGCUGUACUGAAGGAUUAGAUGCUUUGGCAGUGGGAACUGGACCAGCAGAGAGCGCCUGCAUCAAGGCACAUCAUGCUACAGGGACACUAGAGUCCCUGUUUAUUCCCCCUCUGUGUGGCACUUUUUUUUCUGUCUUUUCCUGCAGUGUCAUAGGUUCGGAUGGUUGAGUACAAGAGCUACUUUGAAGGAGCCCACUGGUGGCAGUGGUUUGGCCAGAGCUGACAGACUGCUUGCCAGCUAUUGCUGAUUUAGUAGCCCUGUCUGCUUGCAUCCAUUGCUGUUGCACCCUCAACUGUGGUCUUCAGUAUGGUGAAUGGCAGCUGGAGGCAUCGUAAAUGUGGAAUUGAACCAUUCAUACUGCUGUAGCUGGCUGCUUUCUGUCAGUAGUCACACGAAGGAUUAAUUCAGCUUUUUAAGGACUAUUUCUUUGUGUGGGAAGCCCAUACUACGGUCAAGAUAAAGAAGAAAAGAAACUGUAUUGAAGAAUGAAGCUGAGGAAACAGGUGACUGUCUGUGGCGGGGCCAUAUUCUGUGUGGCUGUAUUCUCACUUUACCUGAUGCUGGAUAGAGUCCAGCAUGACCCUGCAAGGAGACAGAAUGGUGGGAACUUUCCACGGAGCCAGAUCUCAGUCCUGCAGAAUCGAAUAGAGCAGCUGGAGCAGCUUCUAGAAGAAAACCACCAAAUCAUUAGCCACAUAAAGGACUCUGUCAUGGAGCUCACAGACACAGGAGCUGUGUCUCCCAGUGGCCACCUGCCUUUCAAGAGUGCCAAUGGUUCUUGGGUUCUCCCCUUGGAUGGGCGCCCCACUUUUAUUGCUGUCAAGCCCCAGGAUUGCCACUUUGCAACAGGCAGCCGUGGUCAGACAGACGUUCAGAUGGUGGAUGUGUACUCCCUCCUGAAAUUUGAUAACCCUGAUGGGGGAGUGUGGAAGCAGGGCUUUGACAUUACUUAUGACAGUGAAGAGUGGGACAGUGAGCCUCUGCAAGUGUUUGUGGUACCCCACUCCCAUAACGAUCCAGGUUGGAUCAAGACUUUCGACAAGUACUUCACAGACCAGACACAGCACAUUUUAAACAACAUGGUGGUGAAGCUGGCUGAGGACCCCCGCCGGAAGUUCAUCUGGUCUGAGAUUUCAUUUUUUUCGAAGUGGUGGGAGACUGCAGAUGUACAUAAACAAGAGGCCAUGCGCAAACUGAUCCUUGGAGGACAGUUGGAGAUAGUGACAGGUGGUUGGGUGAUGACAGAUGAAGCCAAUGUUCAUUAUUUUGCCAUGAUAGACCAGUUAAUUGAGGGACAUCAGUGGCUGGAGAGGAAUUUAGGUAUAACUCCUCGCAGUGGGUGGGCUGUAGACCCUUUUGGUCACAGUGCUACUAUGCCUUACAUCUUGAAGAGGGCCAACUUGACUAGUAUGCUGAUCCAGCGGGUUCACUACUCCAUCAAAAAGCACUUUGCUUCAACACGCAGCCUGGAGUUCAUGUGGCGGCAGGCCUGGGACACUGCAUCGAGCACAGACAUCUUUUGCCACAUGAUGCCGUUCUACAGCUACGACGUGCCUCACACCUGUGGGCCUGACCCCAAGAUCUGUUGCCAGUUUGACUUCAAGAGGUUACCAGGUGGUCGAAUAAACUGUCCCUGGAAAGUGCCGCCGAAAGCUGUGGUGGAGGCAAAUGUAGCAGAGAGGGCACAGCUGUUGUUGGACCAGUACCGCAAAAAGUCCAAACUUUACCGCAGCAAGGUAGUCCUUAUUCCUUUAGGGGAUGACUUUCGAUAUGAUAAGGCUCUGGAAUGGGAUCAGCAGUACGUGAACUACCAGAAGUUGUUUGACUACAUGAAUUCUCACCCAGAAAUGCAUGUGCAGGCUCAGUUUGGGACUCUCACAGACUACUUCAGUGCUGUAUACAAAGUGAACGGAGUGGCCCAGGGAUCCAGACCUGCAGACUACCCAGUGCUUAGUGGAGAUUUCUUUUCCUAUGCUGACCGUGAAGACCAUUACUGGACUGGUUAUUUCACUUCUCGGCCCUUUUACAAGAGCCUUGACCGCAUCAUAGAAUCACAUCUCAGGGGGGCAGAGAUACUUUACAGCCUGGCAGUGGCGAAUGCUCGACAUGCAGGCAUGGAAGGACGCUACCCGGUGUCAGAUUAUGCCCUCCUCGUCGAUGCAAGGAGGUCUGUCGGCCUCUUCCAGCAUCAUGACGCCAUCACUGGCACUGCAAAGGAGAAUGUUGUCAUUGACUACGGUACCAAAUUACUGCGUGCACUCAUUGGUUUGAAGAGAGUAAUCAUAAACGCUGCUCAUUUCCUGGUGAUGAAGAACAAAGAGUUUUAUCGCUUCUACCAGACAGAGCCUUUCUUUGAGACGGAUGACCGACGCGCUACUCAAGACUCUAUGCCACAGCGCACUUUAAUAGAACUGGAUCCAGCUGGGCCGAGGUAUGCAGUUCUGUUCAACCCUGUAGAGCAGGAGCGGCUCUGUGUCGUGACAGUUUUGGUCAACACGGUCAGGGUGCGCGUGCUCACUGAGGAUGGACAGACCGUCCCUGUGCAGCUGAGCGCACAGUGGAGCUCUGCGAGCCAAAUGAGCGCUGAAGUGUUUGAGGCCACAUUUAUGGCUCGCUUGCCACCCCUGGGUUUGGCCGUUUUCCAUCUUUAUGACUCGCCCGACUCCCCGAUGACGCUCCGCUCGGACACGCUGCUCAGACUGUCUGGUCGCGGCGUAAGCGCCCGAGCUGUGGACCCGCUGCCUGUCCGCUCCCAGCAGGCAGAACCUCACAGCUUCUACAUCAGCAGCCAGUCUCUCACACUGGGUUUCUCCGGGACCACUGGCCUGCUGGAGAGCAUUAAGCGCAGAGACGAUCCUCAGGAAGUGAAGGUUCAGAUGCAGUUCAUGGUCUACAGCACGCGCUCCUCGAAGGACAAAAGCGGGGCUUACCUCUUCCUACCUGACGGCAAAGCGAAGCCCUAUAACCAGAAAGAGCCGUCUGUGGUUCGUGUUGUGGAGGGGCCUCUCUUCUCAGAGGUGGUGGCGUACUACCAGCAUUUUCAACAAACCAUUCGCAUUCACAAUGUGCCAGGGGUGGAUGGCUUAUCGAUAGAUGUGAACACUGUGGUGGACAUCAGAGAUCAGACCAAUAAAGAGCUGGCCAUGCGACUGGUCACAGACAUCCAGAAUGGAGACGUCUUUUACACAGACCUCAACGGCUUCCAGAUGCAGCCCCGUCGCAGCUACUUAAAGCUUCCACUCCAGGCUAACUUCUAUCCCAUGCCGAGUCAGGCGUACAUCCAGGACAGCCAUCACCGCCUCACGCUGCACACGGCUCAGGCGCUGGGCGUCGCCAGCCUCGAGAACGGCCAGCUUGAAGUGAUUAUGGACCGGCGGCUGAUGCAGGAUGAUAAUCGGGGGCUGGGCCAGGGCCUGAAGGACAACAAGAAGACAGCCAACCACUUCCGUCUGCUGCUGGAGAGGAGGACGAGCAACAAGAUGAUUGACAGUGGAUCUACCAGCUUCCCAUCGAUACUCAGUCACAUGACCAACGGCAUCUUGAACCAUGAGGUGCUGGCACUGCCGGUCCUGCCCAAAAAGCGCGGCAUCCCUCCCCUGCAAACCUUUGCCCCUGUCAAGUCCAUCUUGCCGUGUGACUUUCACCUGCUGAACCUUCGCAGCAUCCAGAGUCAGCAGGACCCCAAUGUGCCGUCGCUCUACACGGUGAUGAUUCUCCACCGUCUGGGGCUGGACUGUGGGCUGGAGGCGCAGAACCUGGGCUUCAACUGCACUACCACACAGGGGCAGCUGAGUGUAUCUGGACUCUUCAAGAACCUGGACCUGCAGCUGCUUCAGCCCGUGUCUCUCACCCUGAUGUACGCCAGCACGCCUCUGGCCAAUGACUCCACCGUCAGCCUGGAUCCCAUGGAGGUUUCCGCCUACAAGCUCAAACUGCACUGAGACGAGGCAGCAGAAUCCAGCAGGCUCAGACUCGGAACCAAUAACCAGGCCCACACUGGCCACAGACCAGCACCGAGCAUCUGCUCUCUUUCUGUCUCUUGCACAUGGAGAACCAUUUACUCCACGGCUGUAAUGGCUCUGACUGAACAGCAGGGGGCAGGCGAAAACUGUUAGUGUGGGGAAAACGGGUAGAUUUACAGCUCUUCCAAAUCAGACUGUCCCAGAUGCACUUGGUAAUUUUUUUUUUUUCACAGUGAUUUGAUUUCUGCUUUAUAGGAACUUUAUUAUACAUCUUUUUGUAUUUUCAUUCCAUCCUGGAGUGAACCAGUGAAUGUAAAUAUCCCGAUUACAGGCGACCUGGGACUCGCUCCAUGAGAGGGCAGCUUUCAAAAGCUUUAUUUGGUGUGUGGGUUUUUUUUAAUGCACACAAUGAAGAUUUUCCUUCACAGAAUCUCAACAGUGCAUCUUUUCAUGUAGCUGUAAAUCUAAGAGUGACUGCAUUUUUCUGUCGCUGAGCCCUGACCGCAGCCGCGGUGUUUACCAACAGAAUGUGCUUCUUUAUCUCACGAGGCGAUCCUCGCUGUGGCUUUAUAAGCUAUCAAUCGUCUGAGUUCAAGCGUCCCACUCGGCUCCUCCCACUCGUACUUUUUUCCCCUCCUCCUAAUCUGUCCACCAGGAUGAACACGGAGGGAAUUCUUUUUGUCCUCCUCACCCUCUGAGCUUUUUCUGGCUGAUGAGUAAAAGGAGUUUCAGUUCUUUCCUGUUUAGUACACGAAUAGGAAAAGAUGAUACCUCUUAUAUAUACACGUAACACAUCUUACCAGUGUGGAUGAAGAAUGUGUGUUUAAGUGAAGCUACAUUUCACGAUAUCAGGGACCAUUUAUCUGUGUGUUGUCAUGUGGUUGCAGACAAAUCAUUAUUUUUGUUUUUUUGCUUUCUUUGAAAAGAGAUCAGACAUGACACAAGGAGGGGAGGGGAAAAAAACCUUAAAACUUUCCACUCUGUGGUGCUUUUUGCCCGAGGUCAGCUUUAGCCGUCUGUUCCAUUUGUGUCUCCUCGGUGGUGUGGAGGGUAUUGUCAUCUGUGGCCAAAGCUGAAUCUGGCUGUCUCACUCUAAUCUUUUUCACAGGAGGGCUGCACGUCCUCUGGCGUGACGUGUGUCACGCCUCUGUGGUCUCACAGCGCCACUAGCCCAGAGUUCACUUUCUCUCAUCUUCUAGCUGUCACUCCUUCCGUCCGGCAGUGUCAGUGCAUCUGAUUCGCUGUAGUUUUUUUUUUUUUUUGUUAAAUGUGACAUGUAGCGCUGUCUGUUCAGAUGUAAUAUAUAUGAAGGAAAAAUGUCUCCUGUAUGUUUAUUCAUUGUGGACAAAAGGUGCAGUGGAAUCAAAGAAAAUAUCAAUGAAUAAAGUUCAAAAUGCAAAA